CACAGACCUGGCAUCACCGACCCAAACCAGUGUCCUCUCAGUACCGUUUCGCUCUCUCACUCGCAUUGAACCAGUUCCAUUCGUUUCGGUGUUGAUUCUUCUCCUUUCUCAUCCUGUACUCUUCACAGGUUUUAGGUUUAGCUCUUUGGUAUGGAAGAGGGCGGAGAUAACAUUCUAGAUGCCAUAUACGAUGAGGAUAAUCUCUAUGAGGAUGUAGACAUGAUGGAUGUUGAAGAAGGAGAGUUGGUGGAGUCUGAUACUGAGAAUGUUUUGGUGAAAAACAGUGCAGGGGAUGGUACUGAAAAUGUAUCGGGGCAAAACAGUGCAGGAGAUAUCAAUGGAGCAAAUCGAGAUCCGCCUAGCAAGAAUUCCAAGCGUAGAGCGAACAAGAAGAAGAAUAAGAGGAAGAGGAAGGGUUCUGGGUCUAAACCCUUGGACAUUAACAGAUUUGUGUUAGAUACGUGUCGGCGCCUGAAGGAGAAGAAGUCGUACAUGGUAUACACUGCUGUGGGUUGCCUUGGGAUCUCUGCAUUAAGCGAUAUUGUCAAUGAGGUCGAUGCAAUACAGGCUUGUGGAGGCCAGAAGACUGCUGAUGGUAGACGAUUCCGGACAGGGGGUGGCGUAUUGUGGAGCAUCAUAAAAGUUCGGGAACCAAAAGCCUAUAAAGAGAUAAUGAAAAAAGCAAAGGAGUUUGAGAAGCAAUUCAGACAACCCAAUGUUAAGCAACUACCCGUGCCAAAGAAAGAGGAAUCUUCUCAAGGAGUUUCAUUUGCUGGCAGUCCUAAAGAGGAAUCUUCUCAAGUAGUGGCCUUUUCAUUUGCUGGCCUGGAUCUGGGCAAUGAUUCAGAAAAUGCCUUUCCUGCAGUACAAAUGCAAAACCAACCUGAGCCAGCUACUUCUAAAGAAAACCCUGUCUCUGUUCAUGACAGGUUAAGGAUACCUGUUUCGUAUGACGAUGAUCUGCUUGGAGGGAGUUCAGUCAAUGAUGCAAGUGGCCUUCAUCACUAGGACAAGUUUUCACCCUCUUAGAUCGGAAAUAUAUUGUUUCAUUCUGCUAUGGGACUAAGGCUAUAUACUACAUUA